GCGGGUGUUGUACUGAGGCCGUACUCAGUCGGAGCUUAUCCGUUGGACGACGCGGACGCGUGAGAUUCUUUUUGCGCGGAGUGGUGCGGUUCGAUUUUUGGGAACAGUUGUUCUGAAAGGUUGAGGUUGAAAUCUGCCAAGGAUAGAUUUCAAGUGUUUAUAUUUUUUUUGAGAAAAAGGAAAAAUUCAGAAAAGGACAGCAAGUUUUUUGAAGUAAGUGAUUUUGUUUGGUGAAUUAAAACAAGGUGAAUGUGUUAGAGAAGAAUUAAAAAAAAACAAGUAGAACAAAACUACUUUCGAAUGCAGAAUGCGUACAGCCGGUGAAGACGUAUGAAAAUAUUCUAUAUAAAAAAAUAUUAAAUAUUGAUGAGCCAGCAAUCUAGUGUCGCAAAUCAAGCAGAGCGGAUUGAAUCUGGAAUCGCUUUGUCAAGAGUGUUGUGCCGGAUAAUCGGUGAAUUAGAAGUUAUACAAUCCCGACGUUCAUCGAUCAACGAGUGUGACACAAUCAAUUGCAAGUGAGAGCUGGGUAGUUUCCCGCAGACUGCGCUGCCCUUGGUCCACAUUCCAGCUUGUCGUACUUGAGGCGCCACAGUGCGAUGGACCAGCCGUCGCCUCCGCCAACCAUGCACCGCAGCAUCCCGGAUACCUAUGCGGGCCGGACGCUGUUCAUAACCGGUGCGACGGGUUUCAUGGGCAAAGUCCUGGUGGAGAAGCUGCUGCGGGACUGCCCGGAGCUCAAGUGCAUCUACCUGUUGAUCCGCACAAAGCGGGGCGUGGACGCGGCCCAGCGCAAGGACGAAUACCUGAAGCAUCUGGUGUUCGAUCGGAUCCGCGAGACGAACCGGGCCCAGCUGGACAAGAUCCGGCUCGUGCGGGGGGACAUCCUGGAGGACGACCUGGACAUGGCGAACGGCGAUCAGGCCGAGCUGGCGGAGAACGUCGAGGUGGUGUUCCACUGUGCGGCCAACGUGCGCUUCGACCAGGAGCUGAAACAGGCCGUCAACUACAACCUGAACGGAACGCUGCGGGUUCUGCGGCUGGCCGAACGCAUGAAGCGGCUGGUGGCGUUUGUGCACGUGUCUACGGCGUUCUGCCAGUGUAACGAAGCCGUCGUGGAGGAACGGGCGUAUCCGGCGCCCCACAGCCCGCUGGGCAUCUCCAAGCUGGCCGACCUGGUCGACAGCAAGGUGCUGGAUCUGGUGACGCCAAGCAUGCUCGACAAUUUACCAGAUACUUACUCCUACACAAAGGCACUCACCGAAGAUCUGGUCAACGGGAUCCGCGAUCGAUUACCGAUCGCCAUCGCAAGGCCUACGAUCGUCAUUGCGGCAUGGAAGGAACCGGUGCCCGGGUGGAUCGAGGGAACCAACGGCCCGACCGGGCUGAUAAUUGGUUGUGGUCGAGGCGUUGUUCGUACGAUGCACUGCAAUCCGGACUACGAUACGCACGUCAUGCCGGUGGAUGUAACGAUGAACGCGGUGAUCAUACUCGGUGCGGAACGCAUCAACGCGGGUUUGGAUGGGAAUGCGCUGUUCUGCAACAUUUCCUCCGACAACGUGAAUCCAAUCGCAUGGGGAAAAUCUGUACAAGUUUGUGGUGAGAAGGUGCUUCAGAAUCCACUCUGCUUCUCGUUGUGGUAUCCAGACGGAUCGAUCAAGUCCAACUACGUUCACCACAUGAUCUGUGUCGUCCUGUUCCAUUACUUGCCGGCCUAUCUGAUAGACUUCUUGCUUGUUGUGUUCCGGAGGGAACCAUUCUUGGUCAAAGUGCAGAAGAAGAUCUCCCAGGGCCUGGACAUGCUUCAGUACUACACCACCAAGCAGUGGGUGUUCAAAAAUGACCAAAUGUACGCAAUGUAUAAUCGACUGUCCGCAAAAGAUCAGGACACCUUCUUCUUAGACAUAACGCACUUGGAUUAUUCAACGUAUUUCCUCGACUACGUGCUUGGUAUUCGGCAGUACGUGCUCAAGGAACCUCCGGAGACCUUGCCAAGAGCAAAAAGACUGCUACGAAAAUUGUACAUCAUGGAUAAAGUGGUGCAAGUGGCGUUCUACACGUUGAUCCUGUGGUUGAUUUGGUCCUACUGGAAAAUCGUGAUCGGUCCGAUUCAGCUCGUGCUCGACACAAGUAUCGAAGCCAUUAACAACUCUAUUGCAAGAGAAAGAAGACCAUAAACUUGGUUUAGCAGGAAAUUGAUAUUUGUUAUUCCGCCAAUUGUGAAUUUUUCGAAUAAAUUUAAAUUUAAAUCUUGUUUCAUUAUGGUUUUAAAGUUAAGGUAUAAAGUUGAAGUAAUUGUUGAUCUUAGAGUUAGAAUUAGAAAAUUGAAAACAAAGUUGAUAACAAUGUCCACGGCUGAUAUUAUUGAUCCACGGCACGAUACCCGAGCAGGUGAAAAUAACUGUAAACGUUGAAGUUAUGUUACUGUCAAGAGGUCAGGACUUGGUAUUAAAUCACCCAGAUUGGCUGUUGUAAAAAUACAAAAUAAUAACAGAGAUUUGUUCGAAAAAUAACUCACUCUGUUAUCAACAGACAAAAAAAUGUUCUCCGAUAUCAGACACUAAAAUGUUCCCGAAAGCUCAAUUCGCUAUUGGUGAAAUACAGUCGUGCAUCGGUUUAGCACCGCAUAUGGGGGAUGCAAAACAGAGGCAUGCAUAACUGAGGCACAGAGCUUAUGGGAUUCUGGUUAUAUGGGAGACAUUGGUUAUAAUCCUAUGAAAAAUCAUCCAAACUUCAAAAAAUUAAAGUGUUUGGAAAUCAGGAUGACGUUAACUAUCCAUUGCUAUUAUGCAUUCCAAUCGAAGGCUGGAGAAAACCGAGCGAGGAGCGAAGGCAAAUAAAGAACAAAGGGUGGCCACCAACACCACCAACAUGCUGGUGCAGCGCCUGUUGGAGUGAGCAAGUGCUGCCAGGAAACUUUCGCUAUAAAUGCUACUUUUCGUGAGUGUUCGCUUAAAAUUUCAUCAAUUUUGGCAGCACUAAGCAGACCCAAAAGA